AUGAGGGCGCUUCGCUUCCGUCACUAUCUACAGAUCAAAAUCGAGACCCUUACGAUCUGCUCGACGACGAGCCUAGCUCCAAACCAAUACUCGACGAGCGGUGCCGCUGCCGGACACCUUACCCGGGUCACAGUCGGACGCAACAGGAGGUUUUUAGAAGCGAAGGCUACUCACGUCCUGGAAGCACUGAAGAAAACACAAGCAAGACGACAGGCCGACAAGGUGCCGCCGAGGGUUAGCCGAGCGAGCGUGUGGGCGCCGUAUGACUGGCACACGCCCGCCACAUUCACUCGCUGCAGAGACCAGGAAAGCCGUCGCAGCAGAAAAUUGAGGUCGGCAGACAGGGGCUGUUGUUUGGAGAGAGUUCCUUGCAUGAGCCCCGAGGCCACAGAGCGCGACGACGACCAGGAGUGCUACUCUGAGACCUAG